CAGGAGGAGGUCAGAAGAAGAAAACACUAGGAGGCAAAGGAGGCAGGCUCUGACUCUGUCUCUACCCUUUGGGACAAAAGGGUAUUUCCUUUCUUCAGACCUCCACCCAGUGAAGGCCCAGCUUGGGAAAUUCUUCACUUCCUUCGCUUCCCCUCUGGGAACCCCUUUCACCACCCCUGCAACCUUGCUUCAGGCGAUGCCCAAGAGGGAGCUUUGGUCAGCAGGGCCUGGCUCAGAACCCGUGACCUGCAUCAGCAGCUGGGACAGCAUGAUGAGCACCGCCCACUCUGAAUCUAGUGACAACAGCUACGAUUUCCUGUCUGCUGAGGAGAAGGAGUGUCUGCUCUUCCUGGAGGAGACCAUUGGCUCCCUGGACGCCGAGGCCGACAGCAGACUGUCCAUUGACGAGUCAGAGCCAGCGGCUACCACUUCUCAAGGUUUCCAAGCACUGCCUCUUACCCAGCAAGCUCCCCAAGAAAAGCCAGAGGACAUAAUCAUUCAGCAAGGGCCAGAGCCAAGAAGGGUGGCCCAGUCCUCAGAUCCACCCAAGUCCCCCGGCCUGAGCCUCAGGUCUGGCUCCUACAGCCUUCCCAGAAACCUCCACCUUGGCAGAAGCCAGAACCUCAGGAGAAGCUCCACCCAGACAAACGGCCACACCUCUGAAGCCUCUGUAGGACUCCUACCAGAGCCCGAGAAAGCACAGGGCAGCCAGAGCACUGAGCCUCACCAGGCAGUGGGCAGCCCCCGGGGAGCUCCUCUUGACCUGGACACGGUGCUCAUCCCCCCACCAGAAGCCUUCCAGGACAUCCAGCCAAAGCAGGGUGGGGAAGACAGUCUUUCCACAGAGCCACGAGAGCUGAGCCACACGUUGCAGCUCCACACCCCUGUCAGAGCCCAGGAGAGAGAGGGGGUGUCACCAGAAGCCAUGUCCCAUAAAACCUGUCAGAAAGAUUGGACAGAAAGCCCACAACCACCACAGCCACCUCCUGCCCAGUCAUCUCGGAAUGCUAGAGCUGAAGAGACGCCCCUAUCAGGGUCAGGGGACAAGCCAAAUGCCCAACUGGCUCCCCUCACAGCCGCGAAGCCCCGCAGGCUGCCACCUAACAUCGUUCUGAAGAGCAGCCGGAGCAGCUUCCAUAGCCAUCCCCAGAACAGGCUGUCUCGUCAGGCAGAGGCUUCCGAUCCUGGCCCUGUUUCCUCUUCCCUGCAGGAGCAGAGGAAAGCACGGAGAGAGGCCCUGGAAAAGCUAGGGCUUCCCCAGGACCAAGAUGAUCCAAGCCUCCAUGUAGGUAAAUACGCUGGAUCGCUCAGACUCAAGGAGGCUCAUGGUCAGGGCCCUUCUCAGGCCCAGACCUCAGCUCAGCCAGCAGCUCCAGGUCCAGUCUCUGUAGCUGUGCCUGCUGCAGAGAAAAUUCCAGCAACAGGGCCUUCCCUGAUGAAGGCUCCAGCUACCAAGUCUUCAUCAGGCAAGGUUUGGAUCCGUGCCCAGGAACCCCCUCCAGGAAAGGUUGCAACUGCCAAGUCCAUGCCCAUUCCUAUCCCUAAGGCCUCAAAGGCUAAUAAUUCCCUGACUCAGCCCAAGCUCGACUUAGGCUUAACCCUUCAGGAAAGUAGCAUCCCUGGCUUGAGACAGAUAAACUUCAAGUCCAAUACUUUAGAGCGGUCAGGUGUGGGGCUGAGCAGUUAUCUCUCUGCUAGCGAGACACAACCCAUCUCUCAAGCUAGCACGUCUCUGGGAAAGGAUUCCCUCUUGGACAAGAAAUCACCCAACUUCUUGCGUAAUACCCGACCCCGCCCUGCUUCCUUGGGUAUGGGGAAGGACUUUGCAGUUGUCCAGCUGGGCAAGUUGGCUGACCUGGAGCAGGGCCAGAACUCUAAACGCUUGUCCUACCAAGGACAGAGCCAUGACAAGCUUCCUCGACCUUCCUGCGUCAGUGUCAAGAUCUCCCCAAAGGGUGUCCCUGAUGAACACAGGAGAGAGGCUUUGAAGAAGCUGGGACUGCUGAAGGAGUAACUCAAGCCACCAGGCUUGUCAGCAGCACCCCUCCCCCGAAGAGACUGGCUCUAACGAGGAGCCUUUAAGACCCCACAGCUCAGGGCUUGGGUGGGGCAGUCUUCUCUCAGGUGUUUUCUGCCGUGUCAGUGAAGAUGGGAGAGGCUUAUGUUCAAGCUUAUAUUUGUAAUCAGAGCAGUUGUGCCACAGAGGUCUUGCAUCUUGCACGAUCAUCCUGAAGAUGAGUCACAUGAGAGCCUGUGUGUUUGUGUGUGUGGAGAGAGAGAGAGAGAGAGAGUGAGUGUGUGUGUGUGUGUGAGGGAGAGAGAGAGAGGGAGAGAGAGAGAGAGAGAGAGAGAGAGAGAGGAAGGAGACUUUGUUUAUGCUAUGGACACUAUAUUUAUAUAACACAAGGAGUAAUGGCACCAAAGUCUGCUCCUGCUGGAGAUCUUACAAUGGACAAAGUUGAACCUUUCCCACAACUGCGUGGAGAGGGGUGACCAAACCUGAGAAGAAAAGUCAAAUGAGACAAAGGAUGUGCAAGUGACUUGAAAAACAAUAACAUUCUACAGACAAAGGGUCUCGUGCAAUAUGGGCCUCCUUGAAUCCCUGCCAUAGAUGGGGACAGACUCACACUUGGCCACCUUCCUCCCUCAGGCCUCCUGGACCUGAGGCCGGGGAGGGGCUGGUCGGCUAGCUCUCCACCCACUGUCUUCUCAAGCACCAGCCCCAAUGUAGGACACAUCUCUUUAUCUCAAUCUCUUAGUUCUCUGACAGCAGAGCAGUGCUCAUUGCUCUGAGGAGGCAGGGUAGGUGACACACUCCUCCACCUCCACCCACGAGAGUCUUUGUCCAUGGGCUUGAUAAAUUCAGUAAUAAACUAUGCCAUGAUACACGA